CCAUUCCUUAACUCUUCACCACCACCGUCCGUUCAAAUGUAACCCAGUCCAAUGCGCAUGCCAAGAAACACACAUUUCGACCCCUAUAAAUUCACUGCUCCCCUCCAAAUAGCUCUUCUCAUCCGAAUUUUGGCAUUUGGGUUUUCAGAGGUUUCCUCAAAAGAACAAGACUUUUUAAGCUUGAGUGCAUAACAUCUACUUAUCCGACAAGUACAUGGUUGAACUCGACGUCCAAAUCCCAACUACUUUUGAUCCAUUUGCUGAGGCCAACGACGACUCUGCUGCCAGUGGAACGAAAGGGUAUGUGCAUAUUCGUAUCCAACAGAGGAAUGGAAGGAAAAGCCUGACUACAGUGCAAGGGCUGAAGAAAGAGUUCAGCUACGAAAAGAUCCUCAAGGAUCUCAAGAAGGAAUUCUGCUGUAAUGGUACUGUUGUCGUGGACAAAGAACUUGGCAAGGUAAUAAUUAAGCAAACACCAAAUUUUAUACAUCCCUCGGGUAUCUCUAAGGGAAUGCUGAUCAUGUAUAACAAAAUCCUCCUUUCUUAUGAACAGGUUAUUCAACUCCAGGGUGAUCAGCGGAAGAAUGUUUCCAAUUUCCUUGUCCAGGUAAUUUCUUCUUUCUCGAUUGAUAGGAUUUCAUAGGUAUGUGAGUACAUCAAACAACACUUACAAAAGUUCUAGCCUACUCUUCAGUGUAAGGGAGAGGAGGUUUCACUAAGCGGCAUUAUUGGGCACAUCCGCCAAGGGUUAUGCUUGUUAGCUAACAAGGCACUACUGCCACCUUGCUCUUGAAAGGUUUUGAACCCCCCACCUCCAGAAGGGAAGUGUGGGGGAAAUUGGUCAAGGGAGCGCAAUUGGUAUAAGAAUGAAGAGUAAUGGUUUCAGCAAGAGUGUCUUGUGGCCUUUUUUGUAUACGGGCAGCAUUUCCUUAAUGCCUUUUUGGUAUUAUAAUCUCUUGUCCAAAAAAAAAAAAGUAAUGGUUUCUGCAAGAGCAGUCAGACUUUGUGAGUGUAGUCCCGAUUCCAGUAGGAUCGGAUCCCCUACUUCGACCUUGCUUGUUAGCUAGUUUUGUGAGAGGGAUCUGGGGGAGGUCUGGAAGAUUGGGAAAAUUGAGAAGUCGGGCAUUUCCGGCCCACCAAGCGAAACCAUUUCUCAUUUUCCACACCUAUUCAGACAUAAGGUUCUCCCCGAAGAUCAAGUUUGGUGAGCUGUUGGGACAAACAGCAAUAUUCUUACUUAUCCUUGUAUGCCAUCUGGAACUAGGCAAUGAAUCAUAUCAUAAGCCCAACAUCCGUAAUGUCAACACAAGGAAGAACCCAUUACGAGGAAGAAAACCAACUCUUGUAGGAAUGGGAAUGAAAAAGAAGUUAAUACUUUUUUUUCCGGAAUAUGGACAAAUUGAAGUAAAAACUCCUACUAAUUUAGUUAAAACCGAAUGGAGAACUUUGAGAUUUCAGCAAGUAGUUAUUGUCUCCUCUUUUUCUUUUAUGGUUUUUGCUCAUUUUGUAUUUGGUUGAUGUUUUUGUAGGCUGGGAUUGUGAAGAAGGAUCAGAUAAAGUUGCAUGGUUUCUAAAGCACUGGGCUGUUGUGGAUUGUACCAGCUUCAGUGACAGUGUGAAGUCCUGUUGGUGUGGUUUUAGUUUGUGCUGGAAUAAAUUUGUGUGUUUGUUUUUCUCCCUCUUUUAUUAGAACUCUGAUAUGACAUGGAGAUUUUAGUACGAUGUAACUGGGUCCUAAACUCCAUUGGUAAUAAAAUGAAUGUUUUCGGCAGCA